AUGCAGAAUCCGUAUGUCCGGACUCCACUCCAGACCACAUUGUUCUCCCACACUGACCCAACAUGCCAGAUCGCAAGGAGUCGCGCCCCAGCUGCUACCACACGUCCACUUGACCUCCCUCCACCGAUUUCCCCAAAACGCGUCGCUCGGCAUCGAGCAGGUAUACCGAUACCUUUGCGAUGCCCCAACGAUCGUCAAACAGGUUGCGCCGAUGACAUGGCAGUAUGUUCAGGCACCGCAAGAUGGGACAAUCUGGCUGGAGUGGAUUGCGCAAGAGAGGAACGACCAGAUGUACCCUUCUGAUGGCUAUAUCUGGGGCGACCCCGAGCAGAGCUUUCAACAAAACUUCAACGGGUACACAAUCGAGAUCAGGGUGCAUCGAAUCGGUUACAGACCUGGCCAUGAUCAGAUGGCUUCGCAUGCGCGCACGCGCUAUCAUUUCCUCCACAAGAGUCCCAACGUCAAUGCACCCCCGCCGGACACGAGUCUCUGGCUGGUGCAUUAUCACCAGGCAGAUCAGGUCGUUCCCGCUCAGACAUUGCCCGUGGCAAGGGAAAUGCAGCAGAUCAUAGCUCAACGGAGAUGGUUGGAGAGCCAGGGACGUCUGGACCGCCGUGACUUCAUGUUGCACGAUCGCGAGCACUGGCCUACGCUUAACAUUCCAGGUCACCCGCAGCAGCAGAGCCAAUAUGGUGCAGUGGCUAUGCAGAACAGAUACCCUCAGCAGGCCUACCCACAGCAAGCAGGGCAGCCUCCUUCGAAAAAAGCGCGUACUUCGGGUCCUGGGAUUCCGCCUAGUUCUAGCGACGGCCAGCCCGAGACGACGAUUGAGAUGGAGGAGGACACUGCCCUCGGCGACUUCUUCGACCAUCUCACUCCACGCGACAUCAGCUUGGCGAGAUACACACAACAUCAUCGCUGGAUGGAAGAGGUCUUCUCAUCGCCCUAUGCCACCAGCCAGAUCGUGCCUCCUGAUCUUGGCCUGGGUCUCAUGGGCGAGCUGAAGGGUCUAACUGAUGGCAUUCUCGAACCGCCAUCACUGGACUUUAGGGAUCAGUCGCAGGAUCUCGCCAAACCUCAGAAGGCGAAAGAAGCAGAGCCAUUCACCAACCUUAAGAAAGAGCAAGUCGAGGAGUUUGGUAAGCGCGUGCAAAAGCAUCUGGAGGAGGGACAGGCAGAGAUUGAGCGCAUGAAGGCUGAGCACGCGGCCAAGAUGCAAGAUUGGAAGAAGGUCAAGACCCUCAUGCAAGCGGAGAAACGGCUAAGGUACGCCACUUGGGAAGCAGCUGAAGGGGACGCGACAGUAUUCCGACUGGAAGAGCCUGUCACAAACGGCACCGAUGAGGGCGCGAACAAGGAGAACAUGGAUGAUGUGGUCAAGGACGUGGAAGGCCUCCUCAAAGUCAAGAUCGAUUCGCAUUCCGAUGCUACAAGGAUUGCGAGAGGUGGCUUAAGAGAUCGUAAGGCAGCAGCACUUGACUACGACCAGCAAGCCAACCAGGAAGACGUCACAAUGGCCAAUGGCCAACAGCAUUCCACCUCGACCUCGACACCAAACGGAGCAACAGAGCCUACAACGUACCACGAGGACCCGACUGCAGUGUCACAGACCGUUGGCGAGUCGUCAAAACUAUCGCAACCCCCAGCAACAUUAGAUCACAACACGCCAGGGAUUAAUGAACAGGACCGCACGCAAGGACGUGACAACUCCGCUGGUGAAGCCCUGGAAGAUAUGCCCGGUAUAGAGAUGAUGGACAUGGACAUGGACAUGGGCAACGCAGAUAUCAACUUUGGUGAAACGAACACGCCGGAUCUUGGGGAUGGCGCUGCAGCACCGCCACCUGCUGAAAGCCAACCGCAAGGUAACAUUAUUUAAACUGCCAAAGUUCAAGCUCGAUGCUGAUCUUCUCCAGCUCCCGGAGCGACAGGAUCGUCCGUUCCCCUAUCGGCGCCUCCAGAGUCAACAGACCCGCCUGCGCCACCAACACAGCCCGCGCAAGAAGCUACUGCAGCCGCCGAGAGCGGACUCGGCGACGGCACCGGCGACAACAUGUUCAAUGACGAUCCAUUUGACGGCUUGACAAACAUUGACAACGGCGACACCUUGAUCGAUUUCGAUGGCGGCGGCAUGGGCAUGGAUGACAGUGCCUUUGGUGACGCACUGCACGGUAUGGACGAUGGUCAAGAAGGCGAGGGCGCGGGCGGCUCAUAG